AGCAGCGGCGCCGCCGCCGCCGCCGCCGCCAUGGAGCAGCCGUUGAGCGGCCCGCCGGGGCUGUCCGCCGUCCUGGCGAGGACGGACUGGUCCGAGCCCUGGCUGGUGGGGCUGGCGGUUUUCCACGUCCUCUGCUUCCUCCUAACGUGCAUCUCCUUCCAGCACUACCGGGUGCAAAUAGGGCACUUCCUCUGCAUGGUGGGCUUAGUGUACUGCGCUGAAUAUAUAAAUGAAUUAGCAGCCAUGAAUUGGAGGCUGUUUUCUAAAUACCAAUACUUUGAUUCAAGAGGAAUGUUUAUUUCACUUGUAUUUUCAGCACCACUGCUGGUGAAUACUGUUAUAAUUGUGGUCACCUGGGUUUACAGAACUUUGAAUGUAAUGACUGAACUGAAGACGCUACAGCAGAGAAUUAAAGCAGAAAAAGAGAAAAAGAAUUGAAAGCGCCUAACACUAUAUUUAUUUAUUUUUUAAAUUGUAAUAAUACUUGUCCAGGUAAUCAGUCAUUCUGUAUGUUUAUCCAGAAACAGCAGUGUUUUUGUGUCUGAUGUCAAGAGGACUUUGCAACCUGUGGCUGUGGACAAUGAGGUGAAAGCAGGUACAAUACAUUUGAAUUGGCUGCGAAAUUGAGAAACAGGUCUUUGUGCCCUUCUAUGUAAGAUAGUUUUCCACCAUGACCAAGACUAUUAGUGUUGGUGAGACACAAUCUUCGAGGCUGUUUCCAUCUGCCUGUGUAUUUUUUAACUAUGUUGUAACUGUGCGUUUAUGAAAUAUCCAGUCUUCUGCUGCUUAAGCCAAUUGGAGCAGUGUUGUGAAUUCCAGUAAAUGAGGGAUUGUAUUCAGAAUACCUCAGGAAUCCAUGCUUCUAUGAAGCAUUUCACUUCUUUAUAAAUCAAGUUUCAUACUUCUGAUGUGUAUCAUGUGCCACUAGCAUUUUAUAAAUAAAAUUGUCUACUGUAUCUUAAA